AUGAUCAGUUUGUUUAGUGAACUUUUUUUCUUCUUCUCUCUCUCUCUUUUUUUUUUUUUUACAGUGGAUGGCGAUGAUGUGAAAUGGUGUGAAUUCACGGACGAAUUUAUUGGAGGAUGCGGGCCUGAACAGUGCUAUAUAGAGUUUUUAGGCAAGUAUGGGAAGUACGGGAAUGUGAAUGCCACAAAUUGCGUAUGUAACAGCACUCCUUCUGGCUCUCUCCAUACAUGUGCUUGCCAAGUUCACUGUGGCGUAAUUCCACCACAGCCGCCUAUUUAA